GCUCCGCGCCCCCCGGCCCCGCCGUGGAACGCCGGGCUCGCCGAGUUUGCCCACCCCACUGGCGGCAGGGUCUGGGCGGGUGUCCUGAAGGGGCCCCGGAGGUCCUGGCCUGAGACCCUGGGCGGAAACCCCUCCUGGAGUCUCCCCCCAGCCAUGGACAGCCCUAGUCUUCGAGAACUCCAGCAGCCUCUGUUGGCAGGCGCAGGCUGUGAGCCCCCUGCCCAGAAGCCUGGCCAGCCUGAGCUGGGGCCUCUCUUAAGAGAGACAGCCUUUGUGGAGUCCCUCAGGGGCUGGCAGUUCAUACUACCACCUCUUCCCUCCGUGAGCGCUGGCCUGGGGGAGCCAGGGCCUCCUGACGUUGAGGACGUGUCAUCCAGUGACAGUGACUCGGACUGGGAUGGGGGUGACCACCUCUCCCCACUCCUACCCCACGACCACCUUGGACUGGCUGUCUUCUCCAUGCUGUGCUGUUUCUGGCCCGUGGGCAUUGCUGCCUUCUGUCUGGCCCAGAAGACCCGCCCUAGCUGUGGCCCUGCGGCACCCCCUGUGAACCCAGAGCCGGGCAGCCAAGCGCAUCUGUGGGCAGAGUGUGGAGGACCCAGGCGGAUGAGGCGGCAGCAGCAUCCGGAAAUGGGAGCGAGCCGGACAACACCCUUCCCUUCCUGACCGCUCACCUGGCGGCAGCAACGCGAGA